AUGCAUACGGCCGCUUUUGUGCCUUUACGUCUCCGUAACUGGGCGCUCUGGUUGCUCUUUUUUGUGACAACUACUUGGUCGUUCUACAUCCCUGGUGAGCUCCGUCAACCCACAAAGAGCGCGGCCCUGCUGGCCCGGCAAGCAUUCGCGGCUAACGUUUCUUCAGGCUACUCGGUCACCCGGUACAACGACGGACAGCCGAUUCCUCUCCUUGUGAACAAGAUCUUCUCCGACCACACCCAACUCCAAUAUGCCUAUUUCGACCUCCCUUUCGUCUGUCCUCCGAGCGGCAAGUCGCACGGCGGAUCCCCCUUCGGAUCGGGACAAAGCAUUUCGCUCAAUCUGGGCGAGGUCUUGCGCGGAGAUCGUAUUAUGACAUCGGAUUUUCAGUUGGAGAUGGGCAAAGACGUCGAGUGUGCGGCCCUCUGCUCCCUGGAAGUUGGUCGCGCGGAUGUGAAGUGGGCACGCCAGCUCGUCAAAGAGAACUACGUGAUUGAGUGGAUUGUCGAUAACCUGCCGGGUGCAACGAGCUUCGUGACCGUCGACCGCAGUCGCAAGUACUACGCCUCUGGAUUCAAGCUCGGCUACCGCGAUAUUUCCCCUGCCACCGGCCAAUCCCGCUACUUCCUCAACAACCACUUCACUAUCGUUAUCCGAUGGCGAGGUGCACCGGAAGGAGGCAAGGUCAUCGUAGGCUUCGAGGUGUAUCCUAAAAGUAUCACUGCAGAAGAUCGGGUGGAUGGUGGCUGCCCCAAGGAUGUGCACAAAGACCAUGAGGGUCUCGGCCUGUACAUUGCACCAAACAUGUCACGACUGCGCGAGAAGUACUCUGGACUGUCAUAUUUCCCCGAGGACGACGAUGACGAAGAUGAUGGAGCCACCCUGAGGGUUCCGUACACCUAUUCGAUCUACUUUAGGGAGGAGACCAAAGUGGACUGGGCGAACCGCUGGAACCUUUACUUCACGAACCAAGAGGAAGGAUCCAUGACCCACUGGCUGGCGAUCAUCAACUCUUUGACCAUUUCGACAGUACUUGGAGUGACUGUUUUUAUUAUCUGGAGCCGCACCGUCCACGGUGACAUCAAGGGCCGUGGAGAUGGCGCCAUGGAAGACCGCAAGCUCAAGGUGCAGUCUCGACGCAAACGGUCCGGGGACAAGAAGAGUGAAGGAUUGCUGGACAAUGCCGACGUUGAGAAUGAGGCUGACAUGUCAUCGGAUGAUGAACCUUUCGAGGAUACUAGUGGAUGGAAGCUUCUACAUGGCGAUGUCUUCCGCAUCCCCGCAUACAGUGGCCUCUUGGCCCCACUAGUCGGCUCAGGUAUGCAGUUGCUCUUCAUGGCUACUGGUCUGCUUGUGUUGAGCUGUCUGGGGAUCUUGAACCCAAGUUUCCGCGGGGGUUUCGUCAGCGUGGGCAUGGGCCUGUUUGUUUUUGCAGGUGUCUUCUCCGGUUACUUUUCCGGGCGCCUGUACAAGACAUUUGGCGGCUCUGCUUGGCGGAAGAACACCCUGAUCACUGCCUUGCUGUUCCCCGGCCUGUCCUUCUUCCUUGUCCUGGUCUUAAACCUGUUCGUCUGGGCUCAAGCCUCCAGCACGGCUAUCCCGUUCAGCACCCUCAUCGGCUUGCUGGCGCUCUGGUUGCUGAUCCAGGUUCCCCUGGUCUACAUCGGUAGCUGGUUUGGAUAUGCGCGGGCCGCUCCAUGGGAGCAUCCUUUGAAAACCAAUGCCAUUGCUCGACAGAUUCCCCCUCAGCCUUGGUACCUGCGCAGCCCUGCAGGACCUCUGUUGACCGGACUAGUUCCGUUUGCAGUCCUUUUCAUCGAGCUCCUGUUCCUCUUCAAGAACCUUUGGCAAGACAAGAGCGGUUACUAUUAUGUGUUCGGCUUUUUGAGUGUGGUCUCUGCCGUACUUAUGGUGACUGUUGUCGAAGUGACUGUCAUUGCGACAUACAGCCAACUCUGCUCUGAGAAUUAUCAUUGGUGGUGGCAGAGCUUUCUGACCGGUGGUAGCAGCGCGUUCUGGGUCUUUGCGUACUGCAUCUGGUACUACACGUUCAAGCUACACAUCACCGGCUUUGUGUCGGGGCUACUCUUCUUCAGCUACAGUUUCUUGGCAUGCGCAGUCUACGGCCUACUGACUGGAACAGUUGGGUUUUUGGCCGCGUAUACCUUUGUUCGACGCGUCUACAGGCAAGUAUACCCUCUUUCUACCAAACUGAAACCAUACUAA